AUGUCGGCCGUUUACAAUCUUGAGCCUCAGCCCACGGCGUCUGCCAUUAUUCACACCACACUCGGCGAGAUUCUCGUCGAGCUAUUCGCGAAGCAGACGCCACUGGCCUGUCGCAACUUUCUUCAGCUCAGUCUCGACGGCUACUACGACGGCACAAUCUUCCACCGCUUGGUGCCCAAGUUUAUUUUACAAGGCGGCGAUCCCACCGGCACUGGAAAUGGCGGCGAAUCUAUAUACGACGGCGGCGCAUUCGGCGGCGACCUGGACGCCUGGCCGAUGGACCAGCGUCGCGGCAAGAAUGCUGGACCGACGGGCAUCAACUUCAGAGACGAAUUCCACUCGCGCCUAAAGUUCAACAGACGCGGGCUGCUAGCGAUGGCAAACGAGGGCCACAUUGACACGAACGGAAGCCAGUUCUUCUUCACACUCGACAAGACGGAGGAGCUGAAUGGCAAGAACACGCUCUUUGGCCGCGUCGCAGGCGACACUAUAUACAACCUGGCAAAAAUAGGCGAAUCCGAGGUGGAAGAGGGCACAGACCGGCCCAUGUAUGCGGUCAAAAUCGAGCGCAUUGAGAUAUUGGUCAACCCAUUCGAGGACAUGCAGAAGCGUACGCGCGUGGCUACGCAUACACAGAAGAAGCCCGCAGAAAAGGAAAAGAGGAAGAAGCGCAAGGCCGGCAAGCAGCUUCUCAGUUUUGGCGAUGAGGAGGGCGACGAAGAAGUGCCUUCGCUGCCCAAAAAGGCAAAAUUCGACACCCGCAUAGUCAUGGACGACGGAUCCCCCGAGGAGCCAGCCAUGGAAAAAUCUACAAAACCGAAAACAGCAAAGAAGGAGAAGACGACUACGCCAAAGAUUGAGGAUGAUGGAGACGAGGUGAACACAACAGAGCCAGCAGCACAGCCCGCGAAAACAGGAGCACCACUUAAAGAGGAAGAUAGCGACGAGACAGUAGAGGACUACCCGAAGGAGCCCAAGAAGACUGCCUUGCAAAUAGCCAAUGAAGAAAUGGCUGCCCUGAAAGCUUCCAUGAGAAGAACCAUUCAUACUACAAAGGAGGAGGAGCCUCGAAAGAAAUCGACCCUAGCGUCCAUGAUUCCGGAGACAUCCAUCCGCGGCGCGCGCAAGAGGCACGCUGGUGGCUCUAGUGCCGUCUCUUCGGAUGACCAGGCGACGUUGAAAAUGCUCAAGGGCUUCCAAUCACGGCUUGACAAGGCGCCGCCCGGAAAGGAGCUUGCCCAGAACACCGAGGACGAUGGCGAGGUGAAGGAGAGCGAAGCUGGAGAUGGAGAGGCAGAACUUUGCGAUUUGCAUUUCAUCGCAAACUGCCAGAGCUGCACAUCGUGGGAUAAGCAGGAAAAGGAGGAGAGCGACGACGAGGGCUGGAUGUCUCACCAGCUGUCAUUCGCCGCCGACAAGUUGGGCAAAGAUUUGCGCAAUCGAAAAAAGGCAGAGGAGGACCUAGUAGUCAUCGACCCUCGGAGCAAAGAGCAGUCGAUGCGUGAAGACAAACGAGCAAAGCGGGACGCCCGAUCUGGAGGGUCUGGGCGUGAAUGGGAUCAACGGCGGGACCAGGCCAGGAAUGCUCGAUUGUCACAGGCGGCAUCGUUGGCAGGUCGGGGCGCCAAAUAA